GAUCCCUGCCUCUUCCAUGGUCCAUUAGGAUGAAAAUUGCACUGGGAGCUGCAAAAGGUCUUGCUUUUCUUCAUGAGGAAGCAGAACGACCAGUAAUAUAUCGGGAUUUCAAGACUUCCAAUAUACUAUUGGAUUCGGACUACAAUGCCAAGCUCUCUGACUUUGGACUCGCAAAAGAUGGUCCUGAGGGUGAUAAAACCCAUGUCUCCACUCGAGUGAUGGGAACCUAUGGUUAUGCAGCACCAGAGUAUGUCAUGACAGGACAUCUUACGUCAAGAAGUGAUGUGUAUAGUUUCGGAGUAGUACUACUUGAGAUGUUGACUGGCAGAAGAUCUAUGGACAAAAACCGACCCAAUGGCGAACAUAACCUCGUGGAAUGGGCUAGACCGCAUCUAGGAGAGAAAAGAAGGUUCUACCGGUUAAUAGACCCUCGCUUGGAGGGUCACUUCUCCAUAAAAGGAGCUCAGAAAGCAGCUAGUUUGGCUGCACAUUGCCUUAGUAGAGAUCCAAAGGCAAGGCCUCUCAUGAGUGAAGUCGUAGAAGCUUUAAAGCCUCUGCCAAACCUCAAGGACAUGGCUAGUUCAUCAUAUUAUUUCCAGACAAUUCAAGCCGACCGGUUCAGUGCAAGCCCGAAUACUAGAAACGGACGAACACAAGGCGCAUUACUGACGCGGAACGGGCAGCAUCCGAGGAGCCUUUCGAUACCACAUGGUACACAUGCAUCUCCAUAUCACCAUCAGUUUCCCCAACAAUCACCAAAACCAAAUGGAAAGGCACAGAGUUGAUGAAAUUUUCCAUUUUCUUUGCUACCCUUCUUCGUUUCAUUAUUUCUAAGUAUAGAUGUCAGUUCAGUCAAUCAAGCCAUUUGUUCAUGGAAAACUUGAGAGCAAAAGAAGCAUCUUUUGUUUUAUAAUGUGUUAUGAAGAAGAAUGUAAGGGAAGGUGAAUCUUAUUGAGCAACUUUGUCCUGUCAAAAUUGUCAACCUAUGUGUUUCUUCAGGUUGUUUGGAAAAUAUUCAAGAUUAUUAUUAGCACCUCAAAUUUA